UAGAUAUACUUUCUCCUUUCUUCACUAUAUACUUUUAUUCUAUCUCCCGGCGACCGAGAUAGAAUAGAUCGGUUGCUGCUUUGUAGAGUGUGAGAUCAAAACACCUGGUAGGAUCCCUGUGUCUGUUAUUGAGACGAUGGGAAGCUCAACGGAGGAGAAAGUUGUGGCUGUGAUCUUGGUCGGUGGUCCGACCAAAGGUACUCGGUUUCGACCCUUGUCCCUGAACAUUCAGAAUCCAAAGCCUCUGUUUCCCAUUGCCGGACAACCAAUGGUGCAUCACCCAAUCUCAGCUUGUAAAAGGAUUCCCAACUUAGCUCAAGUUUAUCUCGUUGGCUUCUACGAGGAAAGGGAAUUUGCACUUUACGUCUCUGCCAUUUCCAAUGAACUCAGAGUUCCCGUCAGGUAUCUGAGAGAAGACAAGCCACACGGUUCUGCUGGUGGUUUGUAUCACUUUAGAAAUCUUAUCAUGGAAGACAACCCGUCUCAUAUCUUCCUCCUUAACUGUGAUGUUUGCUGCAGCUUCCCCUUGCCUGAAAUGCUCGAGGCUCAUAGGAAAUAUGGUGGAAUUGGAACUCUUCUUGUGAUCAAGGUUUCUCCUGAAUCAGCAAACCAGUUUGGAGAACUAGUUGCAGAUCCUGUUACCAAUGAGCUUCUUCAUUACACCGAGAAACCCGAAACUUUUGUCAGUGACCGUAUUAACUGCGGUGUUUAUGUAUUCACACCUGAAAUUUUCACUGCCAUAAGAGAUGUUUCCUCUCAAAGGAAUGAUACAGCGACUCUGAGACGUGUUUCAAGCUAUGAAGCUCUUCGACCGGCAACAAGGAUACCGGCAGAUUUUGUGAGACUGGAUCAAGAUAUCCUUUCACCUCUUGCUGGGAAGAAACAGCUUUAUACUUAUGAGACUAUGGACUUCUGGGAGCAGAUUAAAUCUCCUGGAAUGUCGCUGAGGUGCUCGGAACUCUACCUAUCCCAGUUUCAGCUUACAUCUCCCCAAGUGUUGGCUAGUGGUGAUGGAACAAAGAGCGCCAUAGUGAUUGGUGAUGUAUACAUACAUCCUUCUGCAAAAGUACACCCAACUGCAAAGAUUGGUCCCAACGUCUCGAUCUCUGCAAAUGCUCGUGUUGGACCGGGUGUCAGGCUCAUCAGCUGUAUCAUCCUUGACGAUGUUGAGAUCAUGGAAAAUGCAGUGGUGACAAACGCAAUCGUUGGUUGGAAAUCUUCGAUCGGGAGAUGGUCACGUGUCCAGGCUGAGGGAGUCUACAACUCCAAACUUGGUGUUACGAUUCUUGGAGAGUCGGUUGCAGUUGAAGACGAGGUUGUGGUGACGAGUAGUAUUGUUCUUCCAAACAAGACACUCAACGUUAGUGUUCAAGACGAGAUCAUCUUGUAAUUGAAUCAAGAACCAACCCAAGGGGAGCCAUACCAUCUCCCUCAGUGUUGUUUACUGGAGAAUCACAGAAUCAGAGAUGUAUGUGGGAACUCUAUACACAUGAAUCAUUUCUUUACUUUUGAAUUAACUCUUCAACUUUUGUAUCAGAUUUCAUCACCCUAUACUUAGAGCAUCAUUAUUGCAAAAACCCACUUGGGUUUCUAAUU